CCAAGAAACACGACGUUAGAGCUCAGUUUUAAAUAUGACAAACAAGUUCUUAAGAAAUAAAAUAUUUUCACGCUUCUCUGCACUUGGGCCAAUUUCCUCAGGCAUCCAGAUCUGCCUUUAAGCACCAAAGGCAGCACCCUCUCAUUAGGUGCCUGCUGCUUAGUUUUAAGAUCCUGCUUUGGAAAAUACAGUCUUCGGUAUUUUAUUCUCACACACCCAGAAUAAGUGUUUGACUUCAGAGUGAUUAAAAAAAGGAAAUGACCUCUGUAUGUUAUUUUUAUUUUCUCUCCUUUUUUUUUUUUUUUUAAAGGUUUUAAGGCUGCUUGUACGUGACACUGGAAAAUCGCAGCCCAUGAUUUAUGGUUGCUGGUCUGCUAAUAGAAACAAUCCCCUCCACCGCCACUUACUCCUCAGCAGAAGGAUCAUAACAGAUUGUAAAUGGUUGCAUUACUGAGAAAGAUAACUCUCCUUUCCAUUCUCAUUUCCCUCAGUUGAUUUUUAUCGAGGUAGGAGUUGAGUAAGCGUGUAAGAGACACAUCAUGCAUUAUUUACCAGCCUGGAAAUGGGGAAAGGCUCCAGCAAUCUGCUGCACAACCAAACCCCAAGCACUGGUGACUCUCUAUGUUUUGCAUCCUGCUUGUUUGGAGCUUGGCUGAUGUUUGUUAAAGCUAAUGCCAUGGGCCAAGACACCUGGAGAACUUCAGCUGAUAGGGCCAGGCACUGGAUUCUGGGUGGUUUGUGCCAGCAUGCUAUGGCAAGAGUGGACCAAGGUGAGGCCAGAACCACCACCAAGUCAUCCCAGAAUCAUAGGACAGCUUGGGUUGGAAGCAACACCCAAAUGGUGCUCAGAAGAACAAGGACCUCUCAGGUCUAAUCCCCAUGGUGACACUGACCCAGGAGCCAGGAAGCCACAGCACUGAGAGGUUCAUCACACUGCUAACUGAGCCACUGUUGGAGGCUCCAUGUGUGUCCUUGCAGCACCAUUUCCAGCACGCCUUACAACCUUACCAAACAAGUCAUUAAAUGCUGGAAACCUUAAAGAAAAGCAAACGGAAACAAGCAAAAAUAACAACACAGCUACUAAGUUAAUGAGGAAAAAUUACACAGAACUGAGGACUUUAAAAGAGCUUCCGAAUUAAGGAAAACAAGGGGAAAGGAUCAGCUCUUAUGUUUUGCAAUUAAAGUAUUAUUUAUAGCAAUUCGGGUUUUUUGAGAUUAAGCCUGGAUAUGGUGCUGCUGAAAACACAUCUGAUUUACUACUCCCAGAGCUUCUCAUCCCUUUGUAUAUCAGACUGACAGCCAAAAGUGGGGGGAGCUUUCCCCACCCCAGAGCCCACAUGCUCCCAAGGCGCCUGUAAAACACCCAAGGAUUUACUCCAGCGCUCACACCGUGACCAUUAGCAACGGUUCCCAACUCGAAGCGAUGGCACCAGCGCUGAACUAUUGUAGCCUCAGGGCAGAAAACAAAUCCUGCAAGAGCAGGAGAUAAGGUUUUGUAGGAGGGAAAGGGAAAAUAUUCCCGCUCCAUGGGUAACCUGCACGAUAGCAGGAGUGGAAAGAGGGGGCUCAGCCCGUCCCUUCUGCCUUGGGGACACCUCUGAUGUCCCCCCGUUGGGGACACCUCCUUCUGCCAGGAGCACUCCUCUAAUGCAGCACUUCUGUGCAUCCAUUGCAGCAUUUCCCCCUUUCUCGUGGAGUUGGCAACGCCUGCAGAGAAGCCAUUUUAAUAAGCUUUGGGCUGAAAGACGUGAAACACGAAGACAAUCCUUGCUAUUUACAGCACUCAGCCCCUGGCUGUCUCUCUGCUUUUCCUACAGAUUAAUAAAACCAAUCAAGUAAACAAACAAAGGAUGCAAAGUUUGGUUAAAGCCAACCAAAGUUCAGGGAGGAAGAGGGCAGGGUGCUGGGAAGACACGCAGCUCUCCGACCAUCCACCGCGCUGCUCAGAGCUGCUCUGGCUGCAAGGAGACACCAUAGCCAAAAGAAAUGCUUGGAAAGCAGCAAGCCCAGCUUUGGAACGGGGGCUACACGGCACGUCGGUAACUGGGAUUAAGAAACUCAACUCAUGCACUGGGAUUCCGGCAACGAGCAGGAUCCUGGGGGAGAGCACAGCGAACCCAGCGGGAUGCCAGCGCUGCAGCCGCCUCUCUCCGUGGAUCCCGUUUAACCCCGGCUCCAUCCCACUCAGGAAAGGCACCUGGAGAGCUGCCGUGCCCUCCCCUUGGCGGCCAUCGAGUUGCUUGGAGCCCAGACCCGGUGCGAGGGCUGCGCACUCCAUGUGCCCACAGGCGGGAGCAGCAUCGAGGCACGAUGCGGCUCGCUGUCGGGAUUUUACAAGCGGGAAUAUCCUUCCUUCCCUAUGCCAAAGAGUGACUGCGUGUGCUCUCAUUCUUUACUUCUACCGUGGAGGAAAUUUAGGCGAGAACAUGUAUAGUGAAUUGCUAAACUCAACCAGUGCCACCGAAGCUCACCUCAUCCUUCAGACCAACACUCCCUACCUGGGCAGCACGCAGCGACCCGUCAGCUCCUCCGCCUUUUACAUGUCGACAGCCCGGGUGCUAAAAGAAGGGGAGAUCAAUAAGCCCGACCUGGUGACUUACAUCAUCCUCUUUUUCUUUCUGCUCUUGACUGUGACACUCAUCGUGCUCUUCAUUAACUGCCAGCUGAAAAAUUCUUUUUUUGCUACUCUCCCUUACGACAGAUCCCUCCGGGAAGCGAGGAGCCCGUGGAGGACACAGGCUGUCUGACACGAGGGGGAACAGCGUCUUCCAGCAGCAGCAGGAAGCAGCAGCCCUGUGCACCACGGCGUUUCUGUCCGCAUGGCAGCGAGCGGCUUCGACCCUCCUUAAAAUCAUAGGCUGCGUCGCAGGGAAAGGUUGCUGAAAGAGACGCUGCAUGCAGAUGGGAAUAGCUGUAAAUAAAGAGCUGCGCGGCGGACUGAAGAGAUCAGGCUGUGGCAAAUCGAUCCGUGCAAAAAAGAAAUUGCCCCCCGAUUCCAGAUUAAGCGCUGUGUGUAUGCAAAUGUCAUCACCGACCCAUUCAGUGCCCAUAGAAGGACAUUUGCAUUGACAACAAUCUCUGAUUUGUGCAUCUGGUGGAGCUUGUUACCCAUGUUUAUGAAAUCAUAGCAGUGAAUGUAAAACACAGCGUAUUUACCUAAUGGCUCCGCUCUGAGGACCAGAGUUUACUUUGCAGACCCGCUUCUCUCCACUGCUGCUGGAACGCUGGGUAACGCGAUGGGAGCCACGCCUGGCGGGAGAAAACCAGAAAUGGUUUUUAGGGUUUGAGUGGGACGCUGCCGGGGGUGGUGGUGGUGUUUUGGUGGUGGUGUUUUGGUGGUGUUUUACUGCAUCUUCAGUCGGGUUUCAAGUCCCUGCCAGCUAUGGGAACCACGAAAUACCUAAGUAACUUGUUUUCAACUCCCUUAAGCUACAAAGGAAAUGGCUCGCCAUGGCAUGAAACCAAAACAACCAGGACGGAGAGAAGGAAGGAGAGAAAAUAAACAUCGUUAAUCGUGCGUAAGCUAAUGAAAGGGGAGAGCAGAGCGCUCCAAGUUCUGCACUAGAAGCAGAUAACUUUGGAGAGCCACCGUGUUACAGGAGGAGCUGCUUCGCGGCAGCAUCGCCACUCCUUGCUCUCGCUACGAAGCCAGCGUAGUUAGCAGCAUGCUUUAUUGGCAGGGCAACAGCAUGAUUGAUUCACCACUCAUUAAUGGUAACAUACACCGGUUUAGAUUAACGAGCAAUCUGGUUUUGUUCUAGAAGCUGUACUCCUGCUUCACGUUCGCUGACAUGCUAUUUAAUAGAUGACAAUUUUUAGGAAAUUUGCAGUUAGAGUGCCAUAAUUAUAGACCACGCUGCACAAACCCCAGAACAGUAUUCAUGUUCCCACAGCGGGCAAAGGGCUCUUUCCUGGCUGUUUUCUCAGCCACGGUGUCUCAGCACACAGCUGACUCGCAGGCGUCCGGAAACACCCUCUUAAAAUCAGCUUCUACUCCCACUUCUGCAAGUGGAUCGCCAACGGGAGGACGGGGGUUCGUGCAGUGCCAGGACCUGCACCCCUCAGCGCAUCCUCAUCACCCGGAGUACAGCAGAAGCACUGCGUGCGUAUAUGGACGUGAAGCAUUUAAUCCAAAUGAGAUUUUACAGCGCAACCAGACACGCGUGCACGCGGGCUCGCGCCCCAAGGCAGACACACGUACAUACCUGGGGCCUGUCCGCCAGCAGUUUUACACGAAGGAGUUGCACAGCUGAUACACUUCCAAGUCAUCGUCUUGGUUAUCAUGUUUUAUUACGCUCAAAGAAAGGUUAGUCGACCACGGAACAGCCUGAAAUACUUUAUUCCCUGACAGGUGGCCAGUUUUUAUCUCAUUCUGAACCAAACUUCACUGGUGUGAUUCCAAAUAAUUAUUCUAAUGCAGAAAUAAAGAAUACGUUCAAGUGUGUUUAUCUCGGCCCAUUUUGAAUAAAUUGAGUUUUUAUCAAAUCAGCCAUUUCUCAAUUAUUUUUAAGUCAUGACAGCUUGUUUUCAUCUAUCAGCCAUAACGAGCUUGGUCUAAAAAUUCCUGCUGGCAAAACCCUCAGAACCUGAUAAAACACGUGUUGCAUUGCACCAUAUUGUACACUUUCUUUUAUUAAAGUGCUCUAGAAUAACC